CGUCACAGAAAAGUCGUAAUGGCCAAAGUGAUUGGGCGUGUUUCAGAUGUUCUCCCCAAGAUCAACCGUUGUUUGCUGGCCCAAGUGAAGUGAUUUCAUGUUUGUAAAAUUGGAAUGUAAAAACGCAUUAUCAGCUAAAAUUAUCAGCUGUUGUGUUAGUGUGCAAAUUCGAGCUGGAAAGUCACGAGUUCAACUGUGUUGCUCAAAGCAAAAGAUAUACAUUUUCAUAGUCCUUGCGAUUGUAAGCUACGUUUACGACAAUUGGAUUCACGCAAAAAUGUUUCAAAGUGCUUACUGGCGAAAGUGAAAAGUGUGUUGUAAUCAUUAUUGUUGAAAUUUGCAUAAAUUGUGUACUUUUUGAAAGGUAAAAAGUGAAAAACAGAUUUUUUUCGCUGCACCUUUUUUCAACUUUGCACCCCUCCCUGCACACACUAAACGUCUCAUCUGUCCUGUUCGUUAAAGCAACGAAACGAAGAAGGGCACCCUCGGCGAGCUUACGAAACCCACUCCCGUUGCUCAGUUGCCGCCGAUUUCAACCAGAUUCGAGUUCAUCUGAUUCAGAGCUGUAUAUGGUGUGUGGAAUGCUGGAGAAAAUUGUUGAUUUGUUGAAAUAAUUGUUUAGAGCUUAGGGAGUGAAUUAAUUUGAAAUAUAGUGUGAAAUAAGUCAAGAAAAUAUAUAUUCUAUUCUAGCGGCGUGUUUCCCAUAGUAAUCUUUUGCUGAGUACGAGUUCAAAGUCAGCUUUGUUUAUUGAGCAACCACAGAAGCGCAUGUAAAAUAUCGAAUUCGUGUGGGUGAUGCAACGAGAACGAUGAAGACGAGUGCGGGUAGUAGAGUUGAAGAAGCGAUGGUGGCAGUCAGUGAAUAUUCAUGAAAGAAGAAAAGAGUAUGUAGCCCAGAUGUGAUCUGCCAGCCAAGAGAUAGAGUAGAUGUGCGUUCGUUGAUUUACUUUGUGUUUUCUGUUAUCUGGUUUAGUCAUUACACUUGCCCUAUAGUUGUGUACGUGCGUUGCUUCGCGAGGCAGUGAAUGAAAAGCAGCAACACACCGCAAGAGCAAAAUAAAACGAAAUAAUAACGAAGAAAAUAACAACCAGGGAGGUCAACAGAACUACGUGUUUACAUCACAGCUGAGGUAGAUGAUUUCACGUGAUCCGUAGAGACUACCGAAUUGUGCACAAGUGUGGGUGUGUGCGGGUGUUUAUAGUUCGGAAUCGUUUAUCAGGCAAUUGUUUACAGUUGACCUAUUAACAACAAAACCGCGGCAAUUAUGUCACUAGAUUCGAUGGGACCGUCGGCCACCGGUGGUGGCAGUUCCGGUGUUGGAACUUUAUCCGGAACCAGAAUGAUUCACUCACUGAGCACGCCGUCUGGAGUGGACGGCACUAUCUCGGCUUCACAUUCUCGGGGUGGCAAAAAACUGGCUGUUAGAAUACAAAUGCUGGACGACACGGUUACCAUGUUUCAGGUUCAGGCCAAAGCCCUUGGUAAGGUGCUAUUCGAGCAGGUAUGUCGCCAACUGAAUCUGCUCGAGGCAGAUUAUUUCGGGCUGGAAUAUCAGGAGGCACCAUCCGGAACCAAGUACUGGCUAGAUUUGGAAAAACCAUUGAACCGGCAGGUUGGCCUGUCACUCAUCGAACCAAUGCUGCGAUUCUGUGUAAAAUUCUACACACCUGAUCCGCUGCAACUGGAGGAGGAGUAUACCCGGUACCUGUUCUGCCUCCAGGUCAAACGGGAUCUGGCGACCGGGAGUUUGCAGUGUAAUGAUAACACGGCAGCUCUGAUGGCCAGCUACAUUGUACAAGCAUCUUGCGGAGACUACGCCCCGGAGGAUUAUCCAGAUCACACGUAUUUGUCGUCAUAUCGAUUCGUUCCUCAGCAGGACCACACCAUGCAGCGAAGGAUAAUGGAAAACCACAAGAAACACCUUGGUCAAUCCCCGGCUGAAGCAGACCUAAAUCUACUGGAAACGGCUCGUCGGUGUGAACUAUAUGGCAUGAAGAUGCAUCCUGCGAAAGAUCAUGAAGGUGUCCCGUUAAAUUUAGCAGUAGCGCACAUGGGCAUCGCCGUUUUUCAGGGUAUCACUCGAAUCAACACCUUUUCCUGGGCAAAAAUACGGAAAAUCUCGUUCAAGCGGAAAAAAUUCCUUAUAAAGCUACAUCCGGAAAAUUAUAUGUAUCACAAAGACACGGUGGAGUUUUUCUUCGAAGGUCGCAACGAAUGUAAAAAUUUCUGGAAAAAGUGUGUCGAAAAUCAUGGCUUCUUCCGAUGCUCAACGGUUCAGAAUGUGCAGAGGCGGAAAGCCCGAGUUCUUUCCAGAGGCAGUUCUUUUAGGUACAGUGGUAAAACGCAAAAACAAAUCAUCGAAUUCGUACGCGACAAUUACGUAAAGCGACAAACGUUCCAAAGGUCUCAGUCUUUCCGUCAGGGUCCUCUACAUUCAAGUAACCGAAGCCAAUCACGCACUUCAUGUAACGUGAAUCAAAGCAUCUCGGCUCAUCCUUUACUUCCGAUCGAAACCGCGGAAUGGGAGCGUCGCAGUCAGAGCAACGUCUUGAAGACGCCUUCUCAGAUGAGGAAACCAGUGGAUAUGGAGGAGGAUCCCCGACCCGGCAGUCCUACCGGCCGCAACCGUUCUCAGCUCACGGAAGCCCAGGUGGAGACCUAUCCGACGAGGAGCUUUACCCAAAUGGGAACGGAUACAUCCACGGUGGCGGGGGACCGCCAUCAGCAGUCGGGCAACCAGGACUCGAGCCGAUCUGCCUCACCGGGGGGCACAUGGAGUUCGCCAUAUCACCCCAACAGCAGCAGCAACAACAACAACAACAACAACAACAACAGCAGCCAUGUGCGAGAAGUCGAUCGGGCUCGUGUACGUCAAGACGGUCUCAGUUCCGGUCUGAACCACCGCCUCUAUGCCACUAUGUCCCCCAGUUACAUUCAUCGCAGCCACAGAUAUACCACGCCGCCGCAGCAGCGUCGGGCCUCAGCCGGUCCGCUGGGCCAACCGGCGGAUCGCAGCAGUUCUAUGGGGGAGACAACGGUCUCCUCCACCAGCCGGGAGAGUGUUUUAUCGCCGGCGGACAUUCACAUCAGACGCUCUUCGGCAGUGCCGGCAACGGGCCGCAUGGGCCCAUCGGGAACCAACAACUCUCAAUCCCACCAUGCCACACUAGCCCGUUAUAGCAAUACGAGUACUUAUUCGAUGUCUAAAUCGGUCAGCACCGGUACCGACCUGUCGGACGAUAUUGCCGAUAACAUUAUCUACUCGGACAUUAACGAUCUCUAUCGCCGUGGCCAACGAUCCGAUCGACAAGUCGCUAUCGGCAUUAUGGUUAACGGCGGAGAGAGCGCUAGUGCUGCCGAAGAUGAAGAAGAAGAAAUUAUGGAUGAGGUGCUAGAUGAAAACGCCAUUCGACAAACGUACGUAGAUGACGAUGAAGAGGACGAAGAUGAAAUCGACAUCCGCUACGCUACAGCAACCCAGAUUAAGGUGAUGACGGGAACCGCAGCUAACAUCUCGAUGAAUAAUGCUAUAAGCAAUACUGUUGUCAGUGACGAUCUUUACGCAACGGUGAAUCGAAAAAGUAAAACCAACAAACCACAACUACUGCUACAAUCACAACCAAAACAAGCCAAUAUAUCUCAUCAUACCGGUAAACACUUCAGUGAUGAGUUCAUAGAUGAUACCAUUAGAAACUAUAAUAGUCAUACUAACAUAAGUAGUCAAAUAAACACCUCUAGUACAGGUCAGCUCAACUUCGUCAGUGGCGAUAUGUACGCAAAAUCUUCAACCCACUUCGAAGAGUAUUUCGGCGCCAAUCGGUAUUCCGACACGUCGGAUUAUUUCAGUCACAGUCAUAGCCAGCCACACUAUUCCCAUUCGCCAAAUUCUCACUCGUUAGCCACGACUAUAACGCACAAAAAUGGACUUACCGACGAUGACGAACGCUACUCGCAGUCGCAUCCACCACCGGUGCAACCGCGAACUUCGCACUCGUUACCACGUAAUUCUGAACUGUCCAAAAUCGAUUCCAUAGAUUCAUCCUACAGCGGUGGAGAACAUCAUCUGGUCGGCCAUCAUUCACUGAGUAAUCUGCCCAAUUCCUCCAAGGUUACCAACGAUUAUCUCCACUAUUCGACUCUGUUGAAAAAUGCCGAAGAUGAUGGUAUGAAUAGCAAGAAAACUUCAUCGGAACGAUUGGAGUACGAGUUGUCCAAUGCGAACCUUUACUCUACGGUUCAAUAUAAGGGCACCUAUGACGAUCAGGAUGACUACGAAGACGACUACACGGGUGGCUAUCCGACUGACACAAAUAGCAUUGGGAAGAACGUUUGGCAACGAAGUACCUCGUGUAAGGAAUUGUACGAUUACAACUACGAUGCAGGAAGGCUGGACUUUUCGUCACUCGAGCGAGAAUUCCUAACUUCUGAUCGCAUCGAUAGUCCUGUAACGCGGUAUGACGAUUCUCGCCACUCGAUGUAUGUACAGAAAAAUCACUCCAUGGAUAUAGGCCAGGAAUUCUUGGGUACGGAUGGGAAAGUCUACUCAUCCAGUUAUCCCGGAACGACUUACAAUACAAUUGAUCACAACAGCUAUAAACGUCAGAAUGGAAAUUUUUAUUCAAACUUCGAAUAUGGAUCCCAGGAUGAUAUCUCUCACGAUAGCUAUGAGCUCCUGGAGAAAUCCGACGAUGAUAUUUACUUCAGAGUGAAAGACGAACCACACACUCGAUCAUGCUCGUUAGACUCCGGAAACUAUAUUCCAACUGAUGACGAAAGUAUUUCCGAACAUCAUUCGCACCACAUUUCCCGAUUUGCCCGAUACCGAAGUAGUUUGGAGACUAAAUCCAAAAGCACAGCAGAUAUUGACGAUCUGGACGAUAUGUUUUUGAUGGAAGAUCCACGAGAUCUUCCGCGAGAAAAACUGUGUGUUAAAUCUGAUGGUAAUUUCUACAAACAGCUCAAAAAAGCAAUGGGCUCAAGGACAUCCAGCCCGGAGUCACGUAGCGAUUGCUAUGAAUCUAAACUAUCUAAAAGUAGCGAUUCGAGCAAAAAAUCAAAAGACAGCGUCUACCACACAGAUAGUAAUAAAAAAUCUCGCGAGACUCUCAAAAGUAAAUCCGGUUCUGGAUUCAAUUCUAGAACCUCCAGCCAGGAUUCGCGAGAUUCCUUCGGAAUGGAUAUUUUAUUAACCAAGAACUACGAAAUGCCGACAACCACAAGCAAAAAAGCGAAGUAUCUCAGUAAACGCUUUGACAGUAGCUCACGAAAUUCGAGUCAGGAAUCGAAGAGUGAUUACUACGACGCCAAUGAGCAGGCAGUCGAGUUGGAGGAUAUGGAAUCGGAUGAACUUUACCCUCGAGCAAAAGUUCAUUCACACGAUAAUAUUCCUGGUGAAGUCGGUGGAGCACCGAACAAAACCGUCAGCAAUGGUUUCUACGAUAAUCAGAUUUACUCGUCGACGUUCCCCAGUGCACAGUCAAAACCUCCCACGAAGACAACUUCGCACGUGACUUCGAUUUCAUUGCAGAAUGUAGAACUGGAUCGAAACGCUCGAAGUUACCCGUCGUUCAAAUCACCCGACCCGGUAGUACCUCAGGCGAUGCCAAAACCAAUCGAUAAGCAACCUCCGAAAGCGACACACAUCUGGCCAGAAGAGAUAGAAGGCCUCCCGACUACGAUAAGUAGUGAGAGCCAGCGGAUUGAUCGUACGCGAGCUUUCCGUAGAAAAUCGGACAGUGAAAAUAUAUUCAGUUUUGAUAAAGAGAAAAUCGAAUCUUUAACUAGUAGUAUGAACGACGAAACUCCAACCACUGCAAUCAUGAUAGAAACCAAGGCAAAAACCAGUCCAGACUAUCCUUUGACCCCAGAACUGUUGUCGGAAUUCGAUAAACAGAAGAUCGAAUCUCCUCACGCUCUUCCCAAACAGUCCCGCAAGGAAGAAUUGAUGGCAAAGACGCACUUCGAAGAAUACAACCCAAAGUUGAUCCUCGAUACGCCAAUUCCGGGUGUUCUGACUUACACCCACGCCACCGUUGAACGUACCAAGUCGGAUCCAAACUCUUUGGCCAAUCGGCCUCGUCUGGGACCGAACUCGCGGCGUCAUACCCUAAUGCAUCAAAAAUCUAUCGAUCUAACUCCGGCCGAUUCAAGCGAAGAAGAAUAUAUGUACAGGCAGAUUCCGAGUGCUCCGCCACUGUGUAAAACUCACGGCAGUCAUUUUGAAAUCCCUCAAAAUUUCGAUAUGAAUAUGGCAGUAAUCGACUUACCUCCGAACGGAUUCGAAGUACCCAAGAGCUUCUUCAAAGACUACAACCGUCGAAUGCACAAAGUACUUAAAGAUGACAUCCCGUACGUUCUGCACAAGCGUCACAUAAUGAACGGAACGGCACCUUCGCCGUCGCAAGAGAAACAGCACCGAUGUGCGAAACCAAAAAGUCCCAAAUCUCCCAAAAGCCCAAAGUCUCCGAAGUCCCCCAAAUCUCCGAAAAUGGAAAUGCGAGACAUAACAACACAGAAGGAGAACACACUGCGUGUGCAAGAGAAUUACGAAGUUCAGAUGGCAGACAAUGGUCAAGGAUUUCUUUUUACCCAAAACAUAGAUCUCUCUAAAGUUGAUCCCGUAACCCUAGAAGUCGACAAAUCUGUUCAAACUAUGCAGAUAACCAGUCCGAAACGGGACAUAACAAAGAAAAUGGACCCACUAAUGCUAGAACAGCUUAACAACAAGCUCAGCCAAAUUGAAAGCGAUUCGGCUACGAGCUCACGCACGGACAGCAAUCCAAACAAGAAACUGGAACCGAAACCCGUCGAACUUCCGUACCAGAUUGAAAAGAAAAACACUGAACUUACGGUACCUAAGCGAGUUGUUAAACCUCGGAUGGCACCAGUUAAGACAAAAACCGGGAAAGGCAAAAGAAACGCCAAAACUCGCAUUACGUCAUUUUCGUCUGAUGAUGAAAGCUUAGACUCGGACGAUGUUUUCGGAUCUGCGGAAGCGAUGCCUACCAAACUAGAAUUUUCGCCACCUCAAUCUCGCAAAGAGAUCGAACCUAUUCUGAAACAUGAGUCAAGCAAAAUGGCAUCCAAUGCAUGGGCUCGUGGACAGACGAUGAGCUCAACAGAAAUUGAAGGAUCGCCGCCACAGUGCAGAAAACUGGCGGAAUUGGAGAGCCGCUACCAUACCGGGGCAAAUCUGAAUACCCAUCAAAUGACCAGCACCGAACUGCGGAGAAUCUCCGAGCGAUCUUUCUCGAUUCCUAGCUCCGAAGAUGAAGCAAAACGCGAAGAAUCAACAAAGGCCUAUCACAAAACAGAGAACAUUCCAUCGCCCAUCAUUGAGUCUACCGAACAUCAUCGCACAGAUGACGAAAUCUACGAGACGGCUCAUGAGGACAACUUGGGCUUUGCAAAAACCCAACGAAAGGAUCCAUCUAAGAAACCUAAAGAAUCCAAACUUUCUCCUUCAAAGACUAAACUAAUCGAAGAAAUGAUUGAUUCGUCGAUCGUGAUGCGCUCGAAAGGACAUGCACCCAUACUGUUUGCUCACGCUCGUCUGAAUUUGAGUGAAGGAUCUGCGUUUGCAUCGCUCCAACGACAGCGAGCAACACUGGAUUCGCCAACAUCCGGUCGACGUGCAAAAAGUUUAGAUACUCCCGUAAUAUCUUUACACAAGCUGCCACCAAUGAACGCUUUCUCUUCAAAGGAUGAUACUGUAGGUUACGAAGAAGAAGCGGAAGUGUUGGAGGUGAAGUCCCUACAGAAGAAAGAUCAAAUCAUCGAAGAGGAACUGGAUGAAUCGACUCACUCCUGCGGCGAUGCGAUUGUCGUUAGUGAUCCGAAAGCGUCCCGCAAAACAUCCACUCUCGAUGAUGAAGAAUUUCGAAUGGUUCAAAUAGACGAUGAUGAGCUAGAGUUGUUGGAUCGUCUAAAAUACAUUGAAAAGAUUGAAUUACAAGGAGUGAAAAUCAAGGAAAAACGUAAGACAAAAACCAAACUCAAAAGUGGAGAUCAAUUAAUUCUGGAAAUUCCGAAGUACAAAUUCGAACCGUUCAGUUCUGGAAACAGUUCGAUCAAGACAUCGCCGGCCAUCAGUCGUGCCAGUAGUGUUGAGAGUACCGGAAAAAUACGCCAGAAAACCGAAAGCGGAACGCAAACGCCAACUGGCGGAACUGCUGCCGUGAAACCAAAAUGCAAAUCUACCAGUCCCAAAGGAUCCGAGAAGAUUCCUCAGCCUAAGCGACGAGCAUCUGAUGAAGUGAAAAAGAGUUCUCCCAAUGAUAUCCUGCGUACCAAGAGUCAAGAAUCUUUAGGGAAGAAAGGUAACAGCAAGGAAAAAUCUAAAUCGCUCGAUAAAAUGGAAUUAAAACGAUUAGGAAGCAAAGAGAAGAAAUCAGUGGAAGAAAGUGAACUGGAGCGUGCUCGUCGAAAAGAACGACAGCAAAAGCUUUACGAAUCUGCCAUGAAGCAAACGAUUACAAUGCUGAGCCCAGUAAAAGAUCAGCUACCUCAGUUUCCGGUGUCCGAAGAUAAGAUAUCAGUAAAAACUGAAGGCGAUAAAAUUAUUAUCGACGCCGAAGUUAAGUCAAAACCUGAGGAUCUUGUAUUCAUUGCGAAGGCUCCUAGGAAAUUAGAUUGUGGGCUAGCGAAAAUUAGUCGUAGUUUUGAGGAUCAGAAAAGUGUCGAGAAGCUAGACAAGGCCAGCCGAAGUUUCGACGAUCGGAGUAAGUCUUUCGAUGACCAUUCGGAUCGGUCGGAGCAUGGCAAUGCUGAUGACAGCAGUAGUAUCGUCAUAAAAUCACCCACGAAGCUAUCGAAGAGUCAGGAACUGAAACAAAAAAUCGAAGGAUCGGUAGUACAUAAAAAGAUCGAGGGUAAGUCAAAAAGUUUGGAGAAGAAAACUGAGCCUCAAUAUUUGGAUAUAGAAUAUAAGACAAGAAGCUUAGAUCAAAAUUACGUUGAUCAUUGUGGGGAAACAACUUCACCCGAUUCAGAAGGCAAUGCGUAUGCCAGAAAGCAGGAAGUGGUAAAGGUUGACGUUCAUCGACCGAAAACUGAGCCGUCUCAUACGGAACGCAAACGAGAUCGAAAAUCUAUCGAUAGUGAUAAUAAAUAUGCAGAAGAUCGCUUACGAUUCGAUAAAGGUAAAAGUUUAGAUGCCAAUUUGGGCACCGAAAAGGAUAAGACUCCUGCAAUAGAACGCAGAUCGCACUCACAACCCGAUGCGCUCAUCGGGGAGAUUGAUAUGCAAGAUAUUAUUUCAGAACGACGUACAUUAGAUCUGAUGAAGAGACGUUCAGAGGAAAGGACGCUGGAUAACGGAAUGAGUCUCAUGGAAAAUGAAGAUCGCAAACCGACGAAAACUGGUAGCGAUGAGUCGUUGACAGAAGUUAGUGAAAUGAAACCCGAACAAAAGAUAGGUUACCCGUAUUGUCGUGUUCCCACAAUCGAAUAUGAAGAACCUUCACUGGAAGAAGAUUUGGAAGAAGAAAAAGUAGAGGUGGUGGCGACUAGCAAGAAAGAAAUUAUGAGUAAACUCAAUCUUGAGAGAAGUAGAAGUGAUGAAACCACUUCUUGGGUAACUAUUGAGAGUGAAGAAUUCACGGGAACCGAUGGGAUCGGGCAGCCUGAGGAUGAAGUAGUCGACGGAAUACACAAAUUCGAAACACAAACUACAUUCGAUGACAUUCGAGAUAUCACUAUGCCCGAAUCCGAGGUAUCGACAUCGGAUAUUACUGUUAUUCAGAGGAAAGUUAAGACUAAAACUGUUACUGACACAAAAUCGUUUGAUCGGCCGCUGCCCAAGAUUCCAGAAAAAACUAAAAAAGAUAAAGGCCCCACAAUGGAGGAGUCCAAGAUUUCUCCAGAGGAAACUCAAGGUAAACAAGCUUCUCAACGGCGGGGAGACUUCCUUCGGCUGUCCAUAGAGCGAUCGCGCAGUUCCGAUACGGGAUCCAGCCGUGAAAACGACAAUAGUCCCGUGCGGCAUGACUCCAGCACACCCCGUGGCAAAGGAUCUUUAGAUGAAGAGUCUAGUUUGAGUUGCUCGAUUGCCCGACCUUUGGGAAUAUCACAAGAUAUGGAUUCGUUGGAACACAUAAAAUGCAAUGAACUACGGGAAGCGAUGCUUAAGAUGGAGGAAACUGAUGAAGUUAAAAGUUGUGUUAAAAAAAUGUCACCAACGUUAGAGAAACAGUGUCCAGUAGAUUUAGGCUCUGGAUCAGAACUCGAUGUGGAUACGGUUGAAGAUCGUAUUUCUAGAAUUCUGCAGAGAGAAGAAAGUGAAUCCAGCUCAGACAACGGUGCUACUCAGAGACCAAAAGUUUUAAAACCUAUACGUACUACUUUGGUGCACAAAAAAGUAUGUCGCACUGCUCAACCGAAUGAAAAGCAACAGCAACAAACGACGGCGGAGCUUAAAUCGGGUACCUUAAAAUUAUUGAGUGCCGACGGUGAUCGUAGUUCGUUGGAAUCAAAAUCUAGUUUAGAAUCUAAAGGAUCCCUCGGCUCAUUCGAAACCGAAAGCAGUUCAGGAUCGCUGGGAGCCGCACAGAGGAAAGGCGAUUUACAACAAAAGGAAGCGGUAUCAACGUGGAAACCGUUUCCGAUCGAAAGUUCCGGUAGUUCGAGUGUCGAAGAAAACUGGAUGCCUCCCGAUCAAGAAAGUUAUGAAAGUUUUGACAUAGCUACCGAGACUAUAGAACUUCAACGAGUGGCAGCACCGGAUCAGAAAGAAUCUUCUCCUGACGAGCAAAAAGAAAGUGAUUCUGAUUUCCAAGAUGAGCUGAACGAUUUUCCGGCUACAUUCGGAUAUCCGGAGAUGACAUCGACACUAGGGAUUAACAUAAAUACGGUGGGAUACGGCACAGGUUUCGGCAUCGGGAGAACGUUAUCGAGAAUCUCCGAGCGUAGCACAAACUCGGAGAAAUCGAGUGCUGAGGACAUCGAAGCUGAAAAAUCUAGCUUGGAAGAUCUUAGUGCCCACGAUGAAUCGGCAAUCUCCAGUGAGCACCAAGCUAGUUUAAGCUCCGAUUUACAUUCUAAUUCGAACCAGGCCUAUAUAUCAGAUGCAGAUCGAAGAACGUCCGCUGAAAUGCCCGACAUUCCAUGUGAUUCGGCAGCAGCUGAGCGACUAUCGGAAAUUUAUAAGAAUAAUGUUGUGAAGAACGGACGUUUUACUGUAUCCAAUGUGAAUGAUGGAGGUAAAAAACGAGACGUGAAACCAAAUUUACAGUGUUUAUCUACUGGUGGUAGCCAGGAUUCCGAAGAUUGGCCUUUACCGGAAAUCCCCUAUGACAGCACACCGGUUGAAAAAUACGAUCCGAACUUUAUCCCGCCUCAUCCCGACAAGCCAUACCCGAAACCAUACUGGGCUGGAUCGGCUGCAACAGGUCAUUCUCAGGAAUCUGAUAACUGGCCAACGCCACCCUCCAGUAUGUUGGAUGUUGCGAUAGUAGAGAAUGUUCAAACUUUCCGCGUUAGUGAACUCCAACAUCCCACGCAAGUUAUGGUGGAGUCUUAUACAGAACCUACCGGGGACGAUGAUUCUGAUCCUGACUACGCCGAGGUUCCUGACGAAGCACCAGAACCUCCAAAACGUGAUUAUAGACCUGCUAACAUUCAAACAAAACCGAUUAUAGGAACAUCCCCAUCUUCGCCGAUGGUAGAUCUCUUUGAAGAUAUGCCCCACUUGAAUGAAACUGUCACUUAUGAAGGCUACGAUAACAACACAUGUCUCAGCAGCACUUUAGGGCCAACAAGUUGUCUACGUACCACUUUUGAUGCAUGUUCAACUCAAAGAUCAUUUUCGAAUCAGGGCAUCAUGAAAGAAACCACUGCUGAUCGCGUGAUUAUUUCGCAACCAACGAAAUCCCCUCAGAGCCUAAGUCCUAUUACCGACGACGAUUUCUUCCUGAACGAUGAAGUUUUCGGCCCGGGAACAGUAAAGAUAGAAAUAUCACCUGAUGAUAGCAAACCUCCAUCCGAUCUUACGAUUCAACAGAAAUUUUCACGAAGUUCCAACAAUUCCGAUACAUCGAUCGACGACAUGCUAUCGACUUCAUGUACCACAUACAUGGAGGAAACGGUGCGUCGAAACCUAGAACCACGAAGAUUGAGCAACGAAUCGUGUAAAAAGUGUAGUCAUAGUAGCCAUUCUGAGGAGGAAACCAGCUCAUUCGGUACUGAUCUGGAUGGUACGGUGAAAAUGGGUUUACAGCAGAAACGGUGCACCCACAGUUCGCAUUCGGAGGAUACUUCGAUUGGCCUUAGCAUCUCUGAGUGGUCUACCGGUACCAACACGGUGCGACAGUAUGCGAACUUAUCCGGGUCGGAUAGUCUGUCAGCGGUAUCGAAUCAUUCGGGUAAUGCGAAAAGUGAAAAAUCGAAUCACACCAAAAGUAGCGUAAGCUCCGUGCAUAAAUCUACAGAGAGCCUAGAUGAGAAAAGUGUGAGUUUAUCUAGUAACAACAACAAACGGUUCUCGUUGGAGAAUCUUUCGGAUGGUCCGAAGUAUGAACCAUUUAGCAAUUCAGAUACGGAUAAAUUUUCUUCCGGAACGAAGAGUGAUGAUACGACGUUGACUUUGACGGAAAUGGCGCAAACUAUUACGGAAUGGUCGACAAGUAGCAGCAAUACGUUGAUGGCUCAGGCAGAAGCAUUGAAACACAUCGAAACCAAAGGUGACAGAGCAAUGAAUCGAACAACGUUUGAGUAUAUACCAUUGAAAGCUCCAAAGGUAGUUAAGAAGCCUCAGCUCGAGGAUAGGAAAAAUCUCCCAGCUGUACACGUAAAACCCAAACCAAAACAGGUAACCCCUCCGCAGGUGGUAACCCCGGAAAUGGAAACUAAGCCUCCACCACCAGACGUGAUUCCUAAGUCUGCAGUAAAAAUCCCACCAAAAAUAGUGGAAAUGAUUGAAAAAUCCCCUAAACGAUCAGCUCAAUCACUACCUCCUCCAAUUCAGGAACAACCUCUUCCACAACCGUCUUUAUCAAGAGAUCAACUAUACUUUGAGCUUGAGCCACCAGAGCCACUAGUCAGUAAACGUCGAACACUGGAGAUGAUGUCCCAACGUUAUGCGAGUCAGGACUGUUCUGAGUCGGAACUAAUCUCAGAACGACAUCAAGUUCCAGAUGUGUCGGCCCCACCAUCAAAACCACCCCGUGGAGACUCACUUCCAUCUGGCAGUUCGGUUCCUAUGGUCGAGAAACCGUUAGCCAAACAUCAUAGCUAUGACGAUAAAACCCUUUCCAAGUCUCAAAUCCGAGAGUACAAGUCCACUAAAAUGCGCCACAGUCAAUCGUUCCACGAACACCUGGUAUCCUCAGAUCUAAACAAAAUUGUAGAAGAAAACAUGGGAAGUUCUUCCACGACUACUCACAGCAGUGAAGCUACGGCCAGCACCGAUAAUUCAUCUCCAAUGUUUCCGCGACCGGAAAAACUUGUCCGUUGUUCACCGUAUUAUUCUAGCAGUCUAAGCUCAGAAUCUCCUCCAAUUCAACCUAUGCAACAGCCACCUGUUCAGAAACCUCCACGUAAAACAUCUAUUCCACGCAAUCUGGCCCCGAAAAGUCCUCCUAGCGGUAACGACACUGAUAGUUCAUUAGAUCACCGGCAGCAGCAUGAUCCGAAACUACGUCCUCGCGGUUACAGGAAAAAACGAACGGUUCCACUGAAAAAGAGUCGAUUAGACAACCGUCCACUGGAACACCAGGAGAGCUCCGAAUGCUCGGAAGGCUACUUCCCGGAAAUAGAGUCCGGUGGAUCGGAUGUGAUCGAUCAACAGCAGUAUCACCGCUAUCCGGACUUUGAGGAGGAGUUGGAGCAACUGCCGGAAGACUAUGAAGACGAGACGUAUCGCGUGGAAGACGAACGUGAGAGUAAGAAUGGUGGUGGAGUGUAUCCUAGCGCUUCGUAUUCCAAUAAAUUCGAAGGAUUAGAUAUGAUGGAGAACGUAGAUGAGAUGGGAUUCCCAAGAUAUGAUCGAUUGGGGCACAUCACCAAUCCAAACCUAUACAAAUCGGACACUCCUUCACCUCCGAUCAAACCGGCACGACAACGCAAACGACAAGUCAAGCGAGACGAUGGAGACGGUGAGUACGCGGGAGUGCAGUACACGCCGGAAAGUGGCAGCUGCUCGGAAACGAAAGCGGGUCUUUCGGAUGAUGUUUGCUAUUCGAGUGAGGAUAGUUUUGCAGCGGGUUACACACAUACAAUGGUGGGUGGUGCCCGGUAUCAGAAAAACGUGGAGAUUCCAUAUCCGGACUUUCUAUCCGAUUACGAAAACGAAUCGUCGUCCACCACCUGUUCGUAUGCUCGGCGAAUGGAGCAGGACCGGCACCGAUACGUCGAAAUGGAGCACGGUGGUGGAGGUGCCAGUGCUGAUGCGGAGCGUGGCGGCGAGGCGUCCGGAUUUGACCUGCGGGCACUGCCACCUCCGAUUUUCGUGGAAGGUCAAGGAUUGGAGGAAGAGGAAGACGAAGAAGAGAUAGAGGAUAAUGCAAUCUAAUGAAACUGCAAGACUGAGACGAUUGUAACCGAAUUGCCAACAAAAAAUACCUUUGCAUUGAUCGAUCAGAUGAAAACAAGUAACCGAUGUAGGCGCGAAGAAGGAUGAAGUAAGGUGGACGGCAAAGAAUGCUCCGGGUGCCAUCUAUUAGUGAGAUUUUAUACUGAACCUCAUCGAGUGUGGCUCACCGUUGCCAUCACAAUCGUCUGGCGAUAGAUGAAGACCGAACCGAACGAAAUAAUAUCUGAUGAUAUUCAACACCGAAAACAACAUUAAAAGCUAUAUGUCGUUAAAUGAGGGGGUUGAAGGUUUUAAGCGCUAAAAGAAAAAGAGAGACAAAAGUUAUUAGUGGAAUAUAUACAUGAUAAACUCUAGCUGUUACUUCACUCUAAUCAAAGUUUAACAUUAUACAAAUAGAUAAUUAGUUUCAAAUAAGAAUUUAUAACGAACAUUCAGUGGCCAGUAGGUAGGUAUAGCAGGCAUGGAAGUUUUCUGUUAAAUCGCGGAAUGGCCUAUGAAAUUUUUGCUACAUCCACCGGAUUUAGCAAGAUCGUUUAGUUUAGUUUCGUUCGGUAAAACAAACAUGAACCUGGAGGUGUUCAUUGAGUUCAAAAACUAUGUUGAAAAAACACAUAAUUUCAGAUAAUCGUUUCGCAUUGUUUUCAAAUAAUAAAUGAUCAAGCGUCGUUGACUUUACUUCGGAAACUCUUUAAAACAAGAACCAUCACAGCUAUGUUACCUUUCUGGACUAAUAAUAAUGCAGACUAAUUCAAUAGUUACACCAACCUACUGGACACUGUGUAUGGACAAGUUUUUUAGAGAAAACAUGGUAAACCCUUAGGUACCGUAAGACACAGCCGAAGCAUGCUCUAAACAAUUGUUAUAUUCUCACUAAGCACAUUACAAAUCGAAGAAAAAAAACAAUUUUAGAUAUUGCAUUAUAACAGAAUCUUGCAUUUAUGAAGUGUAGCCAAUUGAGAAAGGUAUCGAAACGAGAACAUUAUAAUAUUAUAGGAAAGGUGGAGUCAGAGAUGUUUAUAUGUAAACGUUGUUAGAAAAAAGGAAAGUUUUCCCGAUAUUAAAAGCAAACUUUACUUGACGUGGAUCUGUCGAUAUAGAACUACAAAUGGGAAGUAACGAAUAUAAAACUCAAAACUUAAUCAACAAUAACAAACGAUUGUUUUAGCAUAAUUCAAAGUUUUCGAGGAAGAAGAAUUUCAAACAAUCAUUGAAACGAAUGUGUCAAAUUUUCCCUACCUGAUUUACUGUUCGAUUCGUGAAAUCCGUGUUAUGAGUAGUUUGUCUACUUCCAACGUACCUAUGAAUGUCAGCCAAGUUUUAAUUCUAUUCAAUGUUAUCUCUCUGCUAGGUUUUAAUCAUCAGGAAUUUUUGAAACAUAAGUGAACACUUUAAUAUUAUUAUGCAAUAAAAAAGAAUACGGUUUAUAAAUACUUAGGAAAGAGAAUAAUACUUAUUUUGUAUCGACUUUUAUUCUGGAAUCUCAAUUACGAUAUAACGAAGUUUAUAGAAAAUAAUGUUAAAGUAAAAUCAGAAGAGGCACAUUAUGAUUGUAUUCAAUUCAGUUCAAGAGCUGAUUGCAAUGCCAAACGGUUCCGAAGCUAGCAGCGAAUAGAGUAUCAAUGGACGGUGAACGAAACGAUGAUGAAUGCCAAAAGAUUACAUUUGCCAAUCACCAGUUUAGUAUUUUCUAUUCGUUUUGCAAUCAGAGAACACGCCAAAAUGCUAAUCGUAAUCCAAACAAUCUGUCAGUAGACUAGAAAAACCUCUGAUAGGAACCAUUCAGCUCAGUUCAUCGCAUUUGAAGAAAUAAAAAAGACAAAACAUUCAGAUUGAACAAGAAAAAUAAUAAGCCGGUAACAAAACAAAACCAGAGCAAAACAAAAAUAGCCGUUCACGGGCAAUCCAAAUUAAGUAACAAACAUAACAUAAUGGUAUAAUAAAUAGCAAGUUUGGAAACUUUAAA